UAAAUGGAGUUUGGGAGGGAAAUGCUGGAUCCGAUCAUACACACGUGCAUUAUUCAUGUGUGUGUAGAAUAAACACGAUAAAACUGUAGUAGUUGAGUAAGAACCGGGACACAGAGAGGGAGGAAGAGCAGCACGAUGGACCCCGGCAGCUCGGAGGACUGUGGACCCACACCAUCCCGAGAACUCACACAAAACCCGCUCAAGAAAAUAUGGAUGCCGUGCAAAAACGGCUCACCAGAGAGGCUCAUUUAUCAGAGAAAGGUAUGCAUGACCAACUGCCCGACUGUCAUUGUCACAGUGGGCUUGCCAGCCCGGGGUAAGACCUACAUCUCCAAGAAACUCACCCGCUACCUCAACUGGAUCGGUGUCCCAACGAAAGAAUUUAACGUUGGGCAGUACAGACGAGAAUGUGUGAAGAUCUACAAGUCGUUCGAGUUCUUCCGACCGGACAACGAGGAAGGGCUUAAGAUCAGGAAGCAGUGUGCAUUAGCAGCUCUUAAUGAUGUACGGCAGUAUCUUAUUGAAGAGGAAGGCCAAGUGGCGGUAUUUGAUGCCACAAACACUACACGAGAACGAAGGGAUACUAUUAUGCGAUUUGCUGAACAGAACGGCUUUAAGUUAUUCUUUGUUGAGUCGGUUUGUGAAGACCAGGAGGUUAUUGCAGAAAACAUCAUCCAAGUCAAGCUGAGUAGCCCAGACUACACUGACUGUAACACAGAUCAAGCAGCGGAGGAUUUUAUGAAGAGGAUAAAGUGCUACGAGAACUCCUACCAGCCCUUAGACGAGGUUCUGGACAGAGAACUGUCCUUCAUAAAGAUUAUCGACGUGGGUCGGCGGUACCUGGUAAACAGGGUGCAGGAUCACAUCCAGAGUCGAAUCGUCUAUUACCUCAUGAACAUUCACAUCACACCACGCUCUAUAUAUCUGUGCCGGCACGGAGAGAGCGACCUCAACGUUAAAGGCCGAAUCGGGGGCGACUCUGGUCUCACGGGCCGAGGAAAAGAGUUUGCUCGCUUCUUGGGCCAGUUCAUCCAUUCCCAGGAAAUUAACGAUCUGAAGGUGUGGACGAGUCAGAUGAAGCGGACGAUUCAGACGGCCGAAGCUUUAGGUGUACCGUACGAGCAGUGGAAAGCUCUCAAUGAGAUCGAUGCUGGUGUGUGUGAGGAGUUAAUGUACGAGGAGAUUCAGCAGCGGUUCCCGCUCGAGUUCGCCCUGCGUGAUCAGGACAAAUAUCGCUACCGAUAUCCUAAAGGAGAGUCUUACGAGGACCUGGUGCAGCGCCUCGAGCCUGUGAUCAUGGAGCUGGAACGGCAAGAGAACGUCCUGGUCAUUUGCCACCAGGCCGUAAUGCGCUGCCUGUUAGCCUACUUCCUGGAUAAAACAGCAGAGGAGCUGCCUUACCUGAAGUGCUCGUUGCACACAGUGCUGAAGCUCACACCAGUGGCUUAUGGCUGCAAAGUGGAGCCCAUCUUCCUGAACGUAGAAGCGGUGAACACUCACAGAGGAAAACCAGAGAACGUGAACGUGCACCGAUCAACAGAAGAUGCCUUACAGACCAUCCCUGCUCAUCUCUGACCCUGACGGCCGGUUCGCCCCGGUUUCUCGAGACCUCAGUGAUGAAACACUCUCACGUCUUGUGUGUCUGAUUUCUUAAUCCGUCCUCGUCAGGGGUCAUCAUGGUAACUCCAGAAUGCACUACUUUGUUUAUUUAAUCUCCAGGUUUCUCAGGUCACUGCAAACACUUCAUUUCAAUGUUUAAUAUAAUGCAAAUGUCAAAAAAAGGGAAAUAUGGACGUCUCAUUGUACGGAGCAUCAAACACAGACUUGUAAUAUUGUUCAGCUGAUCUACCGGUUUGCAUUCAUCUUGUAUGUGGAUUCUAUUCUGUUUUUAAUCAUAAGGGAAUUUUUAAAACUGUUGUGGAGGUUAAUCUAUCAGCCAUGGACCAUGUGCUUAGGGAAAAUUCUGACUAUAACGUUUCAGCUAAUUAAAAAAUGCCAUAAGCAUGAGGUUUUAUUGACAAAUGUAGAAGGUGAUUUUAGCAUCUAUGUUACCCCCUUUCUGCCACCUUCAAUAAAUAACCAGCAAGAAGAUCUGCAUCCAGACAUUUCUCUUCCAUUGACCUAUAAUACUGUCUUAUAUUUGAAUAUAUAAGAAGAGUUCAAUGCCCACCACUCACCACCAAGUGGUCACUAUUGGACCCUUGAGAAAGGCCCUUAACCCUCAGUUGCUUGCAUAGCAAUCUGUCUUUAAAUGCAUUUUGAAUAGAAGCACUUACCAAAUUGCAUUGUCCUUAAUGGUGGGGAACACACCCACCCUUACACUCGUCACAUCAUCACAUGCUUCACACUAUGCACACUAGAGAUCCUUACGAGCACCUGCACUUUGUUUAAUGUAGUUAAAGAUUAACCUGGAGAUUAAAUCAGGGACUUGUGUUGUACACUUUAGGUUCUGAGAUGUGUGGAAUAUUCACUAAUAUGUAAUAUAAUACGUUUGUACUGUAUUGGCUGGGAUUUUUAGACUAUACGUCGUAGAUACGGGGUGUGUACAGGUUUCCUGUGUGUAUUUUUUUUGCACUCCUCCUGUCGUGUCAGUAUUGUGCUGUGGUUGUGUCAUUGUUACUGAUUCUCAUCUCUCUGUUACUUUGAGGGACUGGUGGCACAACUCUGUUUUGUCCGAGAGUGUGAGAGCGAAAACGAUACUGUAAAUGAUCCAGAUGAGAUUGGAGUCCUCACACAUAGACAGCUAUAUAUUUUUUAAUCUUUUAAAUUUGUUUUAAAAGCGGGUCAUAAUCAGUGUGUUCAGUGCUCUAGCUGCAGAACCCAAAUAAAUCAUUUUUUGUAUUAUUUUAAAUUGAAUACGGAGGUAUUAGUUAUUUUUUUAUUAAGCAGGUUUUGUUUUCAGGAUUAAUACCUGUAAGGUAAAAAUGUUCGUUCCCUGAGCGUGAAGAAACCGUGUGUGUGUGUGUGUGUGUGUGUGUGUGUAUGGUGUAAAACAUGCUCAUGUGUCAUCAUGCACUGGUUAUUGUGAUAACAAAUUAGGGAACAAUAUACGUGGAUGUCUGGUAAUGUAUUACAGGCAAUAAAC